AUGCCCGACGACCCGGAGAACAUGCGGGGUACCCGCGACUCAACCCGCCGCCCCAACCUCGACCCCGACGAGAUCGAAACCACGAUAAACGAUACACACGCUCCGAGCAAACCCGCCUCGACGAGUGACAAUGACACUCCAUCGCUGGCAAGUCGCAUCCAGAGUUCCGCGGCCGGGCUAGCCCGGAGCGCGAUGCAGGGCGCGGGUUCAUCUUCGGAUGCGGCGCGAACGAUAGCCGGCGCAAUGCAGGGGAAGGCUGCUGGGCCGUCGGCACUUGCGUCGCCGGGCUGGGGGGGUCUGGCUAGUCGAGACAUCGGUACGCGGGGGUCGGCUGCUGGAGCGGGUGCUGGGGCAGGGUACUCUGGGCCAGGCGCGGAGUCAUUUCGCAGCGAGAACUCGAGCGAGAGGAGUGGUGGGGUUGAGAUUCCUGCCCUCUCGGAAGAGGCUUUUCAACGAUUGGGCGCGUAUACGGAUGAGAUGGGUGCGCAGGUAGACAGCGGACGAGGGAAUGCGUACCGCGACACGAGCCUGUCGGAUUUACAAGGCGAAAUGGGGAAUUGGAAGGGCAAGCAGCGGGCGCAUGACCCCAUGCAACUAGACUAUACCAGUGCCUGGGAGCGCGCGGACAACUCCGGGGCUCAGGCGCAUACGUACGAGGCACAAGCCAGCGACGGCGCUGCAGUGGUGUCUUUGCUCCAGGAUACAUCGUUCGAUCCGGACUUUGGGGGCCCGGAGGAUCUGGAUCUUGAUAUGGCUGCCACACCACCGCCACUAACGGCUGAAGAGAUCAAAAUGCUAGACUCGUUUCGACGGCAGAUCGGGGAUUCGACGGAUUUAAAUCCCCAGCACCAACAGCCGGGCCUAUCCAGUCUCAGUCUUGUCCCGGAUAUAGACACUUUCCUCCAGCAGAACGACCCGUCUGCGUUUACCCAGAGCAUGGGCACAGGUGCUGCCUCAAAUAUGUCCCUCCGCGACUCGGUCCUCGAAUAUCUCCCCGGUGUGGAAGACUGGGUUACCGUGCAUGAGCGGUACCAUGAUGAAGUGUGGGGGUAUCUACGGCCUGCGCUGGAAGCGGCCAAGGCGGAGAUUGAAGAGAAGACGGCGGAGGGACGGGAGGAGGAUGAGAAUGAUGGGCCGGCUGUGAGACGGUUGAAGAUGAUAUUAAAGCAUAUGCGGGCGUAA